CAUCGUGAAAUGCUAGUUCCAGUGUCUCGCAAGUAAGCAGUAAUCACGAUCAAAACCAACGAAAGACUUGUCAGAAACGCGUGUACAACUGCUGAAGAUGCCCGCAAAAACUACAGUGAAACACAAAAUUGCAUUGGUUGGAGAUAGUGGGGUUGGAAAGUCCAAGAUUUUGUCAUCCUAUCUAGGAGAACGCUUCAAUCCCCUCUAUGUACAAACUCGAGAAAGAGAAACAAAGAAUACUGUUGUAAACGUUGGGAGAAGGGUUGUAGAACUUCAAAUAUGGGACACACCUGGUAACGAUCACUUCAGGACAGUGACAGCUGCAUAUGUACAAGAAGAUGUUCAGGGUGUGGUUGUAGUGUUUGAUGUUACAAAUUAUGAUAGCUUCUUGAAUGUUCACCACUGGGUCAAAACAGUAGAACAGUAUGCAAGACAAGAUAAUGUUAAUUUUGUGUUUGUUGGAAAUAAAACUGACAUGGAGGAAAAAAGGAAAGUUUCAAAAGAACAUGGAGAGGAGGUAGGAAAAUUGACUUCCAUGACUGUUACUCACUUUUUACCUGUCCAGAUAUUCCAAAGAAUGACAGAGAUUAUUUUAGGUAUAGACGAAGGAUCAAAUACGUAUAAUGACCGAAAAUCUGGAGCAGGAGAUUCUGGAAACUACAAUGGAAGAGUAGAACAGAAGGGAUUCUGUAGUUUUUUGUGAUAAUAGUAUCUGCUUGUAAUGAGUGUAUUACGACAAAAAUUUUUUCAAGCACAAAGCAAAUUCAAACAUUAAAAAAAGAAAUUAGUUGAAAGGUAUUGAUCUAACUUCAAGCUUUGAAUCGAAUGAGCUCUAUUUAAUUUUCAUAUCGUUAAUUCUCGCUGAGAUCAUCGUCCAGCCUGAUUUUCAAACAGUAGCGGGUCGCUCGCUCCGAACUCCCUCCUCUCUAAAGUAGUCUUUGAAAAGCUGAUCGAGACUCAAAUUGACUAUCGUUGAUCGUGAGAGCAAAUUAGGAGCCGCUUGGAAUCUGAUAAAGGUGGACACGAGAGGGCUGAUCUCGCGCUUGCUUCACAGGCUUCGUCGCUUAACAAUCGAAAAACUGCGAUGGGUAAAUUUCAUGAACCCUAAGCUAUUGUUUUGUUUUUGGAUAGAUUAGGCUGGACGAUUCUCAGUGAGGGGUGGGGUGACUUAUUUUAUGAAACAGUCAAACCAGGUGCACGAGUGUUCUUUUGGAAACCACUCUGUUUGGAAAAUGACUUUAUUAAUAACACAAAUGAAUUCACUGUAAGUUGAGACCAUGGAUUGAACUUUGGGUUGAGAAUAUAAACAGGUUAUGAUCUCUUGAUUUUGGUUAUGAACAAUUAGUCACAAAAUUGCUGCCCAUCAUUCAUUUUUAACAUUUUCACGCUCAAGCUUAAACGAGGUCAGCGGACAGUUAUCUGUGGUAGAAAUGAAAAAAGUUUUACCUUUUUAUCGUGACUCAACGAAUUAUCAAAUGUAGUAUACAGUGUAGACUUGUGUGAUGGUUUUAGGUUUUUUGAUAACGUUUACAGCACGUAAAGUUAUACGGCAACCUCAAAGAUAAUAUUUUCGGUGGGAAAGAGGAAGGAAAUUUUAUAGGAAUCUUUUUUCAAGGCCCACGUCAAAGUGUUCAAGCAAUGUUGCAUUAUUAGUGGUUUCCAAAGCAACGUUAGGGAAAAUUUUGAAAUUCACAUCAAAAAAUGAAUAGUUAAUUUCAUGACUGCCUAAUAUAUUUAUCCUGUAAAAGCGGGACC